AAAUUUAUAUCAAUUUUCAAAGUCAAAAGGACAAAGGUUAUGACUUAUGACUUGAAUUAGAAUAACAGAUGGCUCAUGGCAGGCAGAUACUCGUACAGAAGUUAAAGUUUUUAGUUGUAACUUGUAAGUUAAGUUGACAAAAGAUUUUGUAAAAUGACAAAUAAGGCAACUUAUGAAAGAUAUUACAUAAAUCACAACUGAUUUUAAAAUGAUAAUUUGAACAUUAUAUCACUUAAUACCUAUUAUUAAUUAUUGUAGAAAUAAGAUUCAAAUUGUUCAAUUCUAUAAAUCUGGUGUUCCUAGCUUUUGCAAGUAAAGAUUAAAAAGUUUCGGUGUGUAUGUAUCAUGUAAUUAUUAUUAAUGCUACUACUAUACUACUAAAAUAUGAUGCGAUAUUCUUAUCGUUUAAUAAGAAUAGCUAAUACAAAUUUAUGUCUCAAUAGUAGGCUGUAUUAUUCUGAUAAGUUUAAGGGAAAGUCGUUACAAGGAAAAGAUAUCAAAAUGUUUAAAUCAUCGGUAUUUAAUCUUGAAGAAGCCUCUAAAGAACAAGUCCAGGAAUUUUUAAAUUCAUUUGAUACAGUCCUAUCAGAUUGUGAUGGUGUACUAUGGAUUAACAACAAUGCCAUACCUGGGUCAGCAGAUGUUAUGAACUAUUUUCGGAAAUUAGGCAAGAGAGUUUUCUAUGUAACAAAUAAUUCUACUAAAGUUCGUGCUGAUUUUGCACUUAAGGCUCAAGACCUAGGUUUCAUAGCUGAGCCGGAAGAGAUAUUAUCAACUGCAUACUUAGUGGCCCACUACCUAAAAGGUAUUGGAUUUAAGAAAAAAGUUUAUCUCAUUGGAUCAAAUGGAAUUGGCGAUGAGUUAAAGGCAGUUGGAAUAAGACAUAUAGGGAUAGGACCAGAUCCCGUAAAACCAGACUUUAAAUCAAUGACUCAAGCAGACCUGGAUUCUGAGGUGGGUGCAGUUGUGGUUGGUUUUGAUGAGCACGUGAGCUACCCCAAAUUUAUGAAGGCCGCUUCGUACUUAUCUAAUGAUGAAUGUCUUUUCGUUGCUACCAACACUGACGAGAGGUUUCCAAAGUCUAGCACAAUCAUAGUGCCUGGUACCGGGACUUUGGUGAGAGCCGUUGAAACGUGUUCGGAAAGGAAAGCCCUGGUCCUCGGCAAGCCAAACGAUUAUGUGCGGAAGUUCCUCCAGUCAUUUGGCCUUGAUCCUGCUAGGACUCUAAUGAUUGGCGACAGAUGUAACACGGACAUAGAGUUCGGUGUGCGAUGCGGCUUCCAAACACUUCUAGUAAUGACGGGUGUCACUUCAGUGAAGGAACUCGAGAAGAUCCGCAGCGAGAGGAAGGAACCACUCCCUGACGUAGUUCUACCCAAGCUGGGAGCCUUGCUGGAUCUAGUAUCGUAGAACAUUCUAUAAGAUACAGAAGUCAACCGAUCUGGUGCACGCUUCUUCACGCUUUAGGUCAAUUUAAUAAAUGUUGUGAUACAUAUACGUAUUAUUUAUGUGUAAAGCCGAGUCUGCUGCGCCAAUUUUUUAACUUAACACUUUAACAAAACAUGUUAGCAAAACAGACCGUCCGCUGCAACUGUUUUUGUUUCAAUUCGAAAAUGAGUUCCUUCGAAGGACUAGCUUUUUGUAUUUUUUUUUAUCAUCCACUAUCAUCCACCAAAGCAGAACUGGUCUUUCUGUUAUCAGUUGUGUAAAGGAUAAAGUAUUUUCUCUAUUCCAUUCCAUCACAAUCAAACCAAAUAUAAUUAUCGCUAGCUACUAAUGAUAGGUACUUCUUCAAUCGGUGAACGUACACGAACUAUGCGUUAAUUUCCCUCCCCGCUGAAGAACGCGGGUAAUGUUAUCCAUUUCUCGCGGUAAACAUGUUAAGAUGUUUUGUUUAACAAAACUGCUAAGCCACGCCCCUAAUCUGUGUAUAAAACAUGUUUUGUGUUGCCAAACGCAGUGGACGCGGCUUUAUAAGCAAAAAUGCUGAGCAUUGUAGGUCAAUCUUUAACUGGUGUAGAUAAAAAAUUACAUAAAAUGCC